CUCUGCUGCGCCUGUACGCAAGGGGCCGAGCCUCGGCCAGCAGUUGCUUUCUACUGUCAGCCGGCUCUUGCUUCCGAGCGACCCGCCUCCACUUCCUCUCCGUGUUAUGGUUAUGUCUGCUUCUGUGCCUCACUGCCUCACUGCCUCUCGGUGUGUGUGUCUCCCACUUUCUUCGCUUUUGGUGGUUGGCUUUUGUGUCCGUAGUCUCUUUCUCCUGCUUCCAUCUCCCCAGCCUUGGUCAGUCUCCCAGGCAUUGCUGUCCACAAGCUGAUGCGCGCCAGCUCUACCGUGAGAGGCGGAGGAACCUCGGUCCUUCCUGCGCAGAGGUCAUGGAAGAAGUGACGUCCUGCUCCUUCAACACCCCUCUGUUCCAGCAGGAAGACAAGAGAGGGAUCACCUACCGGAUCCCAGCCCUGAUCUACGUGCCCCCCACCCACACCUUCCUGGCCUUUGCAGAGAAGCGCUCUACAAGCAGGGAUGAGGAUGCUCUCCACCUGGUGCUGAGGCGAGGGUUGAGGACUGGACACUCAGUACAGUGGGGACCACUCACGCCACUGACUGAAGCCAUGUUGCCUGGGCAUCGGACCAUGAACCCCUGUCCCGUGUGGGAGCAGAAGAGUGGCUGUGUGUACCUGUUCUUCAUUUGUGUGCAGGGCCAUGUCACUGAGCGCCAGCAGAUUGUGUCGGGCAGGAAUGCUGCCCGCCUCUGCUUCAUCUGCAGUUGGGAUUCUGGCUAUUCAUGGAGCGACGUGAGGGACCUGACGGAGGAGGUCAUUGGCCCAGAAGUGAAGCAUUGGGCCACGUUUGCUGUGGGCCCAGGCCAUGGCGUCCAGCUGCGGUCGGGGAGGCUGAUCAUCCCUGCAUACGCCUACUACAUCCCUUACUGGUUCUUUUGCUUCCCACUACCGUGUAAAGCCAGGCCUCAUUCCCUGAUGAUCUACAGUGAUGACCUGGGGGCCACGUGGCACCAUGGCAGGUUCAUUAAGCCCUUGGUGACAGUGGAGUGUGAAGUGGCAGAGGUGAUCGGGAGGGCUGGUCGCCCUGUGCUGUAUUGCAGUGCCCGGACACCAAACAAGUGCCGAGCAGAGGCUCUCAGCACUGACCACGGUGAAUGCUUUCAGAGGCCGGCCCUGAGCCGCCAGCUCUGUGAGCCCCCGCAUGGCUGCCAAGGCAGUGUGGUGAGCUUCCGACCCCUGGAGAUCCCACGUGGGUGCCAGGGCCCUACUGGCAAAGAUGCCCCCACUGUUCAGAGCCCUCUGCUGGACAGUUCUCUGAGGCCAGAACAGGAAGCUGGAGCGCCGUCAGAAUCAUGGCUCUUGUACUCACACCCGACCAGUAAGAAACGGAGGGCUAACCUUGGCAUCUACCUCAACCAGACCCCCUUAGAGGCUGCCUGCUGGUCCCUCCCGUGGAUCUUGCACUGCGGGCCCUGUGGCUACUCUGAUUUGGCUGCUCUGGAGGACGGCUUGUUUGCCUGUUUGUUUGAGUGUGGGACCAAGAGGGAGUGUGAGCAGAUUGCCUUCCGCCUGUUUACAGAACGAGAGAUCCUAAGCCAUGUGCAAGCUGACUGCACCAGCCCUGGUAGUUCAAAACUAAUUGGUUUAGGACCCAACUUCCCACAGCAGGGAAACCAGUAGAAGGCAGACACAGCCAGGGUAAUGGAGGCCAGGAUAACAAGAGGUUACUGACGCUACGGGGAAUCCCAAAACUUAAUAUUCUGCGCUCUACUCUUUUUUACCUCUCCAAAGAGUAAAAUGAAAAAUUUGCCAUAGCUACUGCAGUGGAAAUAGCACUGAAUUAUGUGAAUUAGGAGACCAUGAUGUGAUCCUGGGCGUGCCACUGGCUGGCUCUGGGACCUUGAACUCUCCAGGCCUCGGGGCUUCAUGUGUAAAAUGAGGUGAUUUGUUAUGUGAUUUCUCUCCCCUCUACCCCUUGGGAAGGCAGAGCGCCUGCUUACUCCCUGAUCAGCAAGUGCUGGCUGCCUGUUGGACUCUGAUCUCAAAGUGGAAAUCACAGGUCUCAUCUUUCAAAUCCAGCUGUGAGGUUAUAAGCAGGUGCCAUGCCAUAAAGAAGGAUGUGGACUGUUUGUUCAGUUUUUAAUAACAGAAACACCCACACCCUUCUAAUCGUUCUCAGAGCUCUACAGGCUGUCCUAGAGGAACUGGGCAAAAUGGCAGAAUGACGACCUCACCUGCCUCCUUCAGCUGUGCAGCUCUGCUCAGCCUGCCCUUCCUCAUCCAGAAGGUGUUAGUUAUUUCCUAGGGAGAAAAUGAUGGCCUUACUCCUGUGAGAGAUGAACCUGAAGUUCAUGUAUUAGGAUGGCUCCUGAUGGGAAAAAGGCAUGGCUUACAGCUUUAAAGCAUUGGCAAAACUUCCCAUAGUCUCUGCCCUCAAGGAGCUCACAGUUUAUGAGGCCAGAAGAGGGAGAAAAUUAAAAAUAUGAAGAAAUACAGUGGGUAGGAUAGUUUGUAGAUGUUGGCACUCAGUUGGUGUGUUGGUAGCUCAUUGUCCUUGUUGCAGCUUUGUUGCGCCUGGAGUCUGCCCCAGCACUUAUCCAGGCUGCUGGGUUUCCCCUAAGUUCUUUUUUCUUAGAACACUGUCCUGGCCCAGCCACUUCAUUGGCCGGUGGAGAAAGUCUCCAAACUUAGGAAGGUCUGUGGAUACCCCCAAACUGCUGAAUCUGGUCUGUUUGUUUGGACCUGCUGAAAUCAGCAUUCGUGAAGUGGGGAUAGCAUUUACCUAGUAGUUUUGGGGCUGAACUUUGCUAGUAAUGGAUCUCGUGGAUGAUACCGGAUUGGUUGCUCUUACUUUAGAUUGUUUCCCCCAUAGUCUUGUUAUUGCAAGAGAAAUUCUAUCAUGAGAGAUUUCUUUUUUUGUCCCCCUUAAGCUGGGAUAUCAGCUAAAUACAAGGUGGAGGGAGAGUAGGUGUGCAGUUGUUCGCAUGGAAAACAGUACAAUAAUAAACUUGCUCUGCCCCACUCCAAAUCUGUGACACUAAGCAGUGAGACCUGCAGUAGUAGAGCACAGCCUAGGAUGCACCUGUCAGGUGGGGGACAGUCCUACAGGUGGGAAGUGGAGGUUAGAUUCACUCACUUUAGCAUGUGGCUUAAGCCUGUGUCUUAGUAUGGCCUCUCAUAAAUUUGCUGUCAUCUUCCCAGAAAUCAGUUGUGAUCAUUCAUUCACUUCUGUAUGCAUUUAUGUAAGUAUUUCUUGAGUGUCCACCCAUCAUGUAAGGUUCUGGUGCCAUUCCCUGGUUGAAAAUAAUUUGUGGCUCCUCAUUGCCAGUUAAAAGGUAUUUACAUUUAGCAUGGCAUGUGGGACCUUCAGUUGUUGGGUGAAAUAAUGAUUGUUUAUCUCUACUUCUUAAUAUGAAGCCCAUUGUCAAUGAAGACCUCUGUCAAGUUGGCAGGUGGAGGGAGCUAGAGGGUUGGGGGUGGGCAGAGUGGUGGUGCAGGGAAGAGGGUUGAGAGGGCAUUCCCCUCCUGAGUAGUAGAAACUUCUUGUUCAGCAAAUCGUUCCUGAGCACUAUAUUCCGAACAGAUAGGGAUAGUGAGGGUGGAUGGCUGAGCUCUGCCAUCGGGCUAAAGGGUGGAGAGAACGAGACUCUCAGAACUUCUUUGGGACCAUCCAAGAAGGGCAUUGAAGAAGGGACUUCAGUGGCAGGCAGGUGUGGACCACAGAUGGUUAAUUCAGUACUCACAGGAUGUCUCAACCACCCCUCAACUGCGCUCUUCGUCAUCCUUCCCCUUUGCCUUGGGUUUGCUUCUCUUAGUGAGAAACUCCUGAGUAGGCAAUAAAUUCCCUUAAUAGGUAAAGGGCCUACGUGCACAUUUCAGGAAUAGCAAGAAAAGAGGGUUAGGGACAGGCUUAAUCCAGAAUAAGGAUAAGAGAGAGGGACUGGCAGCUUUGAAGAAAAGAACAGCAGACAGAUGUCCUGGCACCUUUAGGAAGAGAGAAAGUGGUACAGACCUGAGGCCUCGGCUGGACAGGUGAUGCAGGUGGUGGUUGCUGUGAGGAACAAAUGAUACCAGGCUGGAGCUGUUCCCCAAAACACGUGCGAACAGAAGGAGCCCUGCUCAGGGCAGCAGGUUAGGCUGCAGGGAAGCUCCUACCCAAGCCUGCAACUUGAAGCUGGCGCAGCUUGUCUGUGCUCCAGGAGACCCACAGAAGCAGCUGUGCCACUCCACGCUGUGCACGAAUUACCUAAGACCUUCAGGGCCUGAGGAUCUAUACCAUGAUAUUGGUAUCCUAACUAACUCUGUUUCAGCCACUUCCAGGUUAGUAGAAUGGAAAAGAUAGGGCAGGUGAUGGUGGCUGUGAAAGAAACUAGGCCGAAGGCCUAUAUUCUAGAGCACAGGUGGCAAACACAAGGCCCGCGGACCGAAUCUAGCCCCCUACCUUGUUUUAUCCUGCCCGGCACCUUGUUUCUACCCAGUGGCAGCACUGAGCUCUAGCUUAACUGUUAGGGAAUAGUUACAUUUAUACAGUCCUAAAGUUAUAUUCAACCCUUUGAGGCAACUGCGAGGCUGAUAGGGCCCCCUGGUGAAAAUGAAUUUGACGCUCCUGUUCUAGGGUCAUAAAGAAAGGUCUAUAUAGGCUGUGGUCCUGUGCUUCCAGAUGGUCUGCCCUGUUUAUGGACCCUUAGUGGACCCACCUAACAACGCGGCCCACCACUGGAAGUGCAAGAAAGCACAGGAAGUGGCCUGCUGCGGGUAUGCACCCAGACCAGCCUCCCGUCCACUCAAGCCUGCUGGUCCUGCUCGUGCUCCUGACUCCUAGGCUCCUAAUAUUUACCUCAGGCCUUUGUUAUUUGGGUCUGUUUUUCCUGGUCACCAGUCUGCCCUCACAUACAUACAGGGUAUCUUGUAACUGGAGCCAUAGGUAAGAGAUCUUGCAGCCUGCCUGUUGGGUAGGGACCCACAGAGGCAACCCUGAGGCUGCACAGCCUCCUCCCCAGGAGCCUGGGGUUCAGUACUUCCACGUGGGCCAGGUUAAGUUGCACAGUCGUCUUCAGUAGGCUAUGAGUUUUCCCCACUGCAUUAUUCAGUAGGUGCCAGGUCAUCCUUCCCUGAGCUGCCACAGCGCGCACUUGGAGCCUCUGGUCCUUACCACAGGCUACCCUGUGUCACUGUCACCUGUGUGGUGUGUCCUCUAGGCCUCUGCUGGGCAGUGAACUGUGUGACGGCUGAGUCCGACGCCUCAUGUAUCCCUUUCACCUUAAAUCACAAUGACUUUACAAAUAAAUGCUUUUUUUUCCAUCCUACUUUGAAUUUCCUGAAGACAAGGACUUUGAGUCCUCCCUUUGUCCUCUGCACCCAGUGCAGGGCCUGGCCCAGGACAGACAGCAGUGAAGUCAUGCUGACUUAAGGAGGCCCCUGGCCUUCUGGAGCUAAUUGAGAAGGCUGGGGCGAGUUCCUUCUUGGGGCGGAGCACGCCGCACCUGUCUGUGGGUUCACAGUCCUCAGCCUGCUGCACGCUCACCCCAAGUCUUCUGGGUGCUGACCUGCUUCCAGGUCAGGUGCAGUGUUUCCUGAGAGUGAGCUUUUCUCAGGCUUGAGUUUGGUCCUGCCUCCCCAGGAUCACAGUGCAAGCCCAAAGUGAAGCCUUGAUUUGGGCUUCUCAGUUUACUGGUAUCCCCCUCUGUAAUUGGGUUUUCUGUAACUGCCCCUCCUCCAGGACGCAGGGAGAUGCUGGCACUCACUCAGCAUUUUCUGUGCAUGGCUUGGUUCUGUGGCACCAGGUGCGACAAACACUGUGCUGUACCGUAAAGACUAAAACCUUCCACGACUUUGAAACAAGGAAGGUGAAUAAAGAGCGUAAUCCUGGUAACGACUGGUGUUGUUGUUAAGGAAAUUGAGUUCAUAAUCAUUGCAAUACUUCCAUCUAGUCUGUACCCAACUUCUAGAUUUGAGGCAGUUUCUUGCUUUUCACAAGAACUUUUACUUUCAGAAAAACAUUAUUAAAAAUAAUCCUUUGCACUUUUACACAUUGUUACUUGAGCAUAGUUACCUGUUGAGGGAAGCAGGGCAGAGGUGACCUUGCCUGGUUGGACCGCACAUCACACAGAUGUCAAGCGGAGGCUCUGGGGUGCAGAGUCCCCCCCGCCUGACAUCUGCCCCCGUGCGUGUCACUGCAUGUCUUGGUUCUUUUUUCAAAAAUGCCUUGAGAUUACUCUUACAUUGCAGUUGAAGUGACCACAAAUAUUUAUGUCAAUGAAGUGGGGGGAUUGCCUGACUUUUCUCUCUGUUCCCUUGGGUUGCUUAAGGUACCACUGGUCCCACCAGCUGUGUCCACAUAACUCCUCCAGUUCCGGUAGGUCAGUGUCCUUUUUUUUUUUUAAUAAAUUGACUUGAAAAAGUUUCAAAUAGAAAUAUGUUUUGUUGUAACACUGAGUCAUAUAAUGAUGAAAGAAUAAAUGCAAUUUAGAGAACUAAUUUACCUCUAAAAUACUUUUAUAAUAAUUAUAUAGUUAAAAAAUCCAAUAUCUAUUUUGUUUUCGAGUCUUUUGUUAGAUUGUUUGACGUCUGAGGGACUCUGGGUUUGAGGGGAAUAUGCACUACAAUGUAAAUUUUAGUGCUCAAAUGUUUAAACAAUAAUACUUGAUUAAUUAAACUGUCUUAAACAUUAUACCAGUUACAGAUUUAGUAUAGCUGACCUUUUGAACAGUUCAGACACCCUACAUAGUAGAUAAAACCCGUGAUUAUAAAACACAGCCUGUUACCAAAAUGGUGUACAAAGAAGUUGAUGCCAUGAAUUUAACUGUUCCUCAUCAUUGCACUUUUUGGGACUUCGGACUUUUAAACCCCUUUGGCGUGUUAGUAACUUGACCAGGUUUUCUGUUUCGCCCUUACGGGGACUUAGCAAUAACAGAUCCAAAGGAAAAGAACACCAUUGCAGACAAGCUCUCUUUCCACUGGAGUGUUAAACCGAGAGGUCGGAGGCCUAGGACCAAGGCAGCCAUGUCCUCCCCCUCGGCCAAGGGGAACACCUGUCUGCAUAGAGGCCUGAAGCGUGGAGCUGGUGGAAACAGUCCUUACGCUGGCCACUGGGGCCUCCCUGUUACGGGAACCUACUAACACCAAUCUCCGUUGAAUUUUUAUUUCUUAAGCUGGUUGGGUUGGAUGUAUAUAGCUUAAACCAAAAGAUACACAUUUUUACAGAAAAUUUGAUUAGUUAAUACUACAAUCUGUCAGUCAUGGUGGAGCACCACUACACCCAUCAGAAAUUAAUUUUUAAUUCAGUCUACUACAGUCGAUCAACAGUAUUAGAGGGCACAUGGACAGGAGAGACAUUGAGAUAAAAUGGAGAAAGGACCGGACUUGGAAGAGUUAGGAGUCCAGGGUCCUCGCUUGAGAGUUUGCCACCGAUGUACUGGGUGACUUUGUGCCAGUCACUGGCCCUCUCUGGGAACCCACUUGUUCAGCGAUAGCAGGAGCUCCUUGCCCUGCCACUCACCAGGGAGUGCGGUGGAUCUGAUGGACUAGUGAGUCCUCAAAAGGGUUUGGGAAACAGUUCAGUGCAGUGUAAACAGCAGAUAAAUUACCUUUCACCCACUGAUCUCCAUUCAUAUUGGCAAGAUCCAUCCAUAUUGGCAACGUUUGACAGUCGAAUGCUGAAAAUGAGGGUGAUGGAUAGAGGAGGAAGGCAGCAUCCACGGGGUGGGCACGCCAAGUCUGGACAGCCGCCUUGCCUCACCUCCAUCACAGCCUUAGCAAACUGCAGGCCUUAGGAUUUUGCUCAGCCUCUGACUCUGCCCCAGACCUUUUGCUUCCUUACUAUGAGGAAUGACCCAGCCUGGGUAUAAAAGAGGGAAAUCUUAGCCCCAAGCAGGAAGGGACUUGGUCAUAGUCAUCUCUGUUCUGUGUUCUAAGCCAUGCAUAGCACAGUGUAGAAAAGAAGGAUGCAAGGGGAGUAACAUUUUAAAGUACCUACUAUGUAUUUUG